UGCUACAAAAUGCUCAUGAAUAUUGGGAAUCCUUCACUGUCUGAGAGACAUCUUGAUCAGAGCAAUACACUCAGUAUUAUAUAUCCGGGAGAUCAAAUUCCAGACUGGUUCAGCCAUCGGAAGGAGAUAUCAAAAGGUAAUUCAUGUGAGAUGAAUAUCAAUGGGCCUUCCAAUUGGAAUGAUAUCAAAGGAGUUCUUUUAUGUGCUGUUUUUGAGCCCCAGAAUCCGGUCCCUCUUGAACCAAAUUUUUCAUUUCGAGUUAGGAUCAAUGGUAGUAUUAUCCCAAGGGGACAGUCACAGGCUCCUUUGCGUGAAGAACGAAUAUCUCAUUUGAUGGGAUUAGAUCACGUAUGGCUACUUUACUUGAUUGUAGAACCCAAUAUCCUGAAGGGGAAUAGUCUGAAAUUUGAGUUUCAGAUUUAUUCAUAUUCAAUGAUCUUUAAAAGUUGUGGAGCCCAUAUGGUGCCAUUCAAGCAUGAAGAGAUUAGAGCCAAUCCAGGCGUGCUCCAUGAUGAUGCUGAUCUCCACUUGGAUAUCCAACUUUCUAAGAGAUUCCUUGACGAUGAUGAUAAUGAUCAUGAUGGCAGCUUAGAAAAAAGUUUCUACCCACAAAAGAAAAGUUGUUCUUCUUCAACCUUGGAGAUCGAGAUUGCAGACUUGGAGGUUGACCAUGAUAAUCUCAAGGAAGCUUUGGAUUUAGAACGUUAGAAAUAUAUUUUUCACAUGGUUUGUUGUAAAUAGCUGACUUCUGUCCAGUUUGUGCAAACUAGCUAUAUCAGAACACGGCUCAAGUUUUUGUUGAGAAAUAAU